AUGGUUUUGCUGGGGAUUUUCAUGUCCAUGGGUGCGCUGGUUUUAGGCAAUAUGCUUCACUCCUUUGUUUCAGAUCAAGGGAUGAUCUUCGAAGACCGUGCUUGGAUCUGGGAACGCUAUGGCACAGCCUACCGAGCGAUGUACACCCUUUUUGAGAUAACAUUUGCAGGGAAUUGGCCCGUGAGUGCUCGACCUGUGUUAAAUAAGGUCAGCCACGUCUAUGUGAUUUUUUUCGUGCUCUAUAUCACCCUGGUCGUUUUUGCGGUGAUUCGUGUCAUUAGCGCUGUGUUUUUAAAGGUGGCAGCUUAUUUUCAAACCAUGGAGCUUGAUGUGCACGAAGGGCAAGCGCUUUUCAAGGUCUUGCAAAACAGCAAUGGCGAGGUGACACUAGAGGAAUUUAUAGAUGGCAUCCUCAGAUGCAAGGGCCCAGCCCGCGCCAUAGACCAGGUGGCCAUGCAUGCAGAACUGAGAGACAUUGACGCGAAAAUUGGGCGACUGGCAGCGUUGAUGAGUCACUGUGACACUGGGCAGUGGAUCAGCGGCUCGGAAGAGCUUGGGAUCCACCAUCGUGCAGAGCACUUGAAGGUUCUUCGGAUCCAUGAUACCAAUGCGUGAUAUAGGAAGAGGGUCGCCGGGUGAUCAGGAUGACUGUGUUGGCAGUGGUCCUUCAGCACCGGAUCCUUCCAAUAGACCCAUCAACCCUUCUGGCAAUAUAUCUAUAGGCAUUGUGAAAUCUCAAGUCUUAGAGUUGCCCAGACCAGGAACAGCAGG